UUUCCUGACCCAAAAGUCGAUACAGCUGUAGUGAGUUAAAAUAUGCCAACUAUGAGGAAGACUACGCUGUGGGGAAACGCCCCAAUGUUGCUUAGCAACAGCAAAACAUCUUCGGUACUGGAGAGGAGCACGGCGCAUGCGCAAUAUUUUUACGGCUAUAAAACCAAUAAUCCAGACAGUUUAGGGGAAUUCAGGUCACGUUGCACGAUUUGAAGGCACCGUCAGGAUGAACUAUAAGGAGCUGGUCAGAGAGGCCAUAAAGCUGCUGGACGAGUACGAGCCAGACAAACAGUGUGUGGACACCUUCAUGGAGGACUCUGCCAAGACUUUAGCGAACCGACCUUCUGCUGAACAGAUAUUUAUCACUGACACAGUAUAUGGAUGUAUAGCACACCAGAAACUUUUGGAUGUUGUCAUCAAUGUGUUUUAUAAUCAGAAGGGAAAAUAUUUCCUCAAAGCCGAUCGAAACCAGUUUGUUGUGGUCUCUUAUCUUGCCAUGUUCCAUCUGGAGGACCUGGGCUUGGAACAGUUCAGUAUAAUUAUAAAAUCUCUGGACUGCUCAAAAAUGUACAAAUUCUUGAGUUUCCUUUUUAAUGUUACUAACCUCACCACAUGGAUCCAUGCCGAGUGGAGUCAGAUCUAUGAUGCCACCUAUGUAGAGAGCAAGUGGAUAGUUCCAAUGCUGAGAUGGCAGCCUGAGGUAGAAGGCCUUUUAGAAUACCUUGAGAAGAAAACAACCAAGGGCAGCCAGCCGAAGAAAUUCCCUAAGAAGUCAACAGAACCUCAGGAGUUUGAUCUGACAAAGCCCAAACCUCGUUCGCUUCCUGCUCCUGAACUGAUUCCACAACAGGAGAAACCAAAGCCGGUACCUGCCAGUACCCACAAAGCUCCAAAAGAACAACAGGUUUUGGAGGACGUCAAACAGAAGAACCAUCUGAAAUCACAGAAGGUCUUGUAUGAGGCGAACACUCAGCAGUUCCGAUGUGCAAACCCAGAGAAGUCAGAGAAAACCAAAAGCAUAAUGUCCCAGAUUCAGCAAAACCGCAAAUCUAAACUCCAAUUUGACUCUGUUUACUCCUCUGGAACUCCAGCUACACAUAAGACAAACACCUUGCCUAUUAGACUGAACACAACGGCGAUCCUUCGUGAGGGAGCGUUAUAUAAUCGACAGAUGGAAGAGGAGUUGAACAGGCUUGAGCAUUUGAUGCAGGGAACCAACGAGCCCUCAGCGUUCCUGCAGUGGCAGAAGGAGAUGAAAGAGAAGGACCUGCAGGAGGAGCUGGUUCAGCUGGAGCGCAGGAGGCUGGAGGGGAAGAUUAGCCAUGAAGAAGCUCUGCUGGCACGACAACGAGUCCUUGAGCUCAAUCAGCACAAAGCACUGCUGAAGAAAGAGGAGACUGCACAGCUAAUGCGCAGAUAUGCAGAGAAGCGUCUGCGAGAGGAGAAAGAGAUGAAGGAGCUGGUACAGCUGGUGGCUGAUGGCCACAAAAACUCUAAAGCUGCCAAAGUGAAACUGCAAGAGAUCAAAAAACGCAUUGUUAAAGAGGUCUCUGAGCAAAGCCAGGAACUCCUUCGGCAGGCACUGGAAGAAGCUCAGGCUGAACUGAGCCGGAAAUUUGAGCUUAUUCGUCAGAUUCGAGCCAUUGAGUCAGUGCCUCAUCUCAGUCAAAAGUUUGUGGAUGACACAGAGACAGGAGGUCAUGAGCUGCUUUGUGAGAUGUCUUUGGCGGAGCUACGGGAACGCUUGGCCAGGCUGAAGGAAGAGGAGCAGCAAGAGCAGGAAAAAAGGAGACAAAGGAUACUGGAGGAGAAACAGAGCAGAGAACAGCUACUGAUCGAGCAGCUGGAUGCCAUUACUGCAUGCAGGACUGCAGCAGGACAGGCCACUGCACAAAAACAGGAGGAGAAGAAACUGAGACUGAAGUUACAGGAGGCGGUCAGCAUGGAUGAAAGAGUGGUGGCCCUGCAGAGGACUCUGGGGAUGAAACAGCAGGAGAGACAGAAGAGGAAAGAAACUGAAAAAGCCAAAUCAAAGUUAAAUGAACAGAUGGCUGUUCAAAACGUUAAGAGCUAUAGCCAUGAAAAGCAGGUACUGGAAAAGGAGCACUGGCUGCAGCUGGAGCAGGCUUUAGAGAAACAGGUCCAAAGAGAGGCAUCGAAAAAAAACACUUCAGGUCUGACCCAAGGAAUAGCUACCUAAUUUUUACCACAAUUACAAUAUUUGGACUAUUUUCAAAUAAUGGGACCAAUACAUACUUGUCAAGAAAACCCUUGCAGUGUGGAGUUCUGCAUUUUAAAAAAAAAAAUUCUGAAUGCACCUAAAAAUGAAGACAGACAAACCAAAAAUGUUAGACAGUGUGCUUUAUUAUGGCCCAAGCAGAAAAGAUAUAUGACCUGCAAAGAACAGAAAUGUAUGAAUUAAAGCACACAAUUGCAGUCAAGAGAUUAUUGCACGAUUACUCUUUACCAUUGAGAAAUGAAUGUUUUAAUUGCUUGAAUUAAUUCAGGUCAUUUGCAAUAAGACUAUUCAUCUCAGUCACAGUUUAAAAAAAUGUUCAUUAAAAAAAGAAAACAGUCAAUGUUCCAGUUCAGCUUCAUCUUGUUACAUCUCAUUAUUAUACAUGAUUACACACCUAUAAACAGACAGGUAAUAUUUUACAUUUGAAUACUAAAGAUUAUAUCAAAAAGGAUAUUUAGUUCCUAUGACCAUUUAAAUUGAACUAUAGGUUAAUAUGCACUGUAAUGUUUAAAUGUAGUCACAAUAAAACAUCAGGAAACAUCUACACAACAUGCUUCUGAAAUGACAAGUGAUACAUUUAUACUUAAAUGAAAUGAAAAUGUACAAAAAAAAAUUAGCAAAUGUUAAAAAUCUGUCUGUA